UGCUAUAAGAAUUUUUAACACUGAGUGUAAAUUAUUUUAUUGUCUUUUGACUAAAUUUUGGCUUGAAGUCUUACACGAUAGUUCAACGUGAUUAAUGACCACUAAGCGACGCUGUCUGCGUAUCGUAUUAGGGCAAUACAGUAUUUUGAAUUGAAUGGGGGCGGUAAUGGGCAAAUGAGGCUGAAUUUCCGUCUUAUUAAAAGAAGAAGGAGACGCGUAGCCCAAACAGUUGUUGUACCAAAAUAGCCUGGCGACGGCUGAACACACUGAGCAGCUGACAUCACCGAGCAAAAAUGGCUGCCACCGGAGUGCUUCCCUUUAUAAGGGGGGUAGACCUCAGUGGGAACGACUUUAAAGGAGGAUAUUUCCCCGAGCAUGUCAAAUGCAUGAGCAGUCUACGAUGGCUCAAAUUGAACAAGACAGGACUAUGUUACCUCCCAGAGGAGCUGUCCUCUCUACAGAAACUGGAACAUCUUUCUGUGAGCCACAAUAGUUUGACCACUUUACAUGGAGAGCUCUCCAGUUUGCCCAACCUCAGGGCUGUCGUUGCCCGUGGCAACAGCUUAAAAAACUCAGGAGUCCCAGAUGACAUCUUUCAGCUUGAUGACCUCUCUGUGCUGGACUUAAGUUACAAUCAGCUGACUGAGGUCCCCAGGGACCUGGAAAACAGCCGGAAUAUGCUGGUGCUCAACUUGAGUCACAAUGGCAUCGACACAAUCCCCAACCAGCUGUUCAUUAACCUGACAGACCUGCUGUAUCUGGACCUGAGUGACAACAAGCUGGACAGCCUGCCACCCCAGAUGAGACGCCUCGUUCAUUUGCAGACUCUCAUCCUUAACAACAACCCGCUAAUGCAUGCACAGUUGCGACAGCUGCCAGCCAUGGUGGCAUUACAAACUCUUCACCUGAGGAACACCCAGAGAACACAGAGCAAUAUGCCAACAAGCCUGGAGGGUCUGACGAAUUUAGCAGAUGUCGACCUGUCUUGUAAUGACCUGACUCGGGUGCCAGAGUGCCUCUAUUCACUGGGCAGUUUGAAGCGACUCAACUUGAGUAGUAAUCAGAUAUCCGAACUGUCGCUCUGCAUCGACCAGUGGACCCAACUCGAAACACUGAACCUGAGCCGCAACAUGCUCAACUCAUUGCCUUCCGCCAUUUGUAAGCUGUCCAAAUUGAAAAAGCUGUACAUGAACUCCAACAAACUGGACUUUGACGGAGUUCCCCCUGGUAUGGGCAAAUUAAGCAAUCUUACAGAGUUCAUGGCAGCAAACAACAACCUAGAACUGAUCCCUGAGGGACUUUGUAGAUGUGGCAUGCUGAAGAAGCUCGUGCUGAACAAAAACCGCCUUGUGACACUUCCGGAGGCCAUCCAUUUCCUCACGGACUUAGAGGUGCUGGACGUACGCGAGAACCCAAACCUGGUGAUGCCUCCAAAACCAGUUGACAGAGGAGCAGAGUGGUACAAUAUCGACUUCUCCUUGCAAAACCAGUUGCGACUGGCUGGAGCUUCGCCUGCCACUGUUGCAGCAGCAGGAGAAGGGGCUAGCCCUAGAGAUCCCCUGGCAAGAAAGAUGAGACUCAGGAGGAGGAAGGAUUGUUCCCAGGACGAUCAGGCCAAGCAGGUGUUGAAGGGCAUGAGUGAUGUCGCACAAGAAAAGAAGAACCUGGAGGAAAAUGGAGAUUUGAAAUACGCAGAUCUAAAGGUUCGACGUUGGGAUCAGAGCUUAGAGAAACCUCAAUUAGACUACUCUGAGUUCUUUAUGGAUGACGCGGGGCAGGUUCCGGGUGUGAGCGUGUGGCAGAUAGAAAACUUUGUUCCCAUGCCAGUGGACGAAACAUUUCAUGGGAAAUUUUACGAGGCAGAUUGCUACAUCGUCCUCAAGACAUUUUUGGAUGACAAUGGAGCGCUGAACUGGCAGAUAUACUACUGGAUUGGCCAGGAAGCCACGCUCGACAAGAAAGCCGGCUCUGCCAUCCAUGCUGUCAACCUCAGAAAUUUCCUCGGAGCCGAGUGCAGGACAAUAAGGGAAGAGAUGGGAGACGAGAGCGAGGAGUUUAGUGAAGUGUUUAACAAUGAGAUAUCAUACAUUGAGGGAGGCACUGCCAGUGGAUUCUACACUGUGGAGGACACGCACUAUUCUGUUAGGCUAUACAGGGUUUAUGGCAAGAAAAACAUCCGACUAGAGUCUGUACCGGUGAAGUCUUGCUCACUUGAUCCACGCUUUGUGUUCCUAUUGGACAUCGGACUGGAAAUCUUUAUCUGGAGGGGAGCCAACGCUACACUGAGUAGCACCACAAAGGCCAGGUUAUUUGCAGAGAAGAUCAAUAAGAAUGAACGCAAGGGGAAGGCAGAGAUCACAACUUUGCGGCAGAAUCAGGAGCCUCCAAAUUUCUGGGAGUUACUAGGAGGACAACCUGAAGAGAUCAUGAAACACGUUCCAGAUGACUUCUCACCCAUUAGACCCAAACUCUACAAGGUGGGUUUGGGUCUUGGCUAUCUCGAGCUUCCUCAGAUUAACUACAAGCUGUCUGUGGAGCACAAAGACCACAAGAUUAAACUGGACACGUUGCCAGAGCUCAGACUGCUGCAGUCGCUGCUGGACACCAAGUGCGUGUACAUCCUGGAUUGUUGGUCUGACGUGUUCAUCUGGAUUGGGAGGAAAUCUCCCCGACUCGUCCGGGCCGCCGCCUUAAAACUGGGUCAGGAGAUCUGCUCCAUGCUGCACCGACCAAAACACGCAUGCGUCACCCGGAACUUAGAAGGCACCGAAUGCCAGGUGUUCAAGUCAAAGUUCAAGAACUGGGAUGACGUGCUGAAGGUGGACUACACCAGAGCUGCGGAGACAGUGCAGCAGACCGAUAACCUCCAGGGCAAGGUGAAGAAAGACACGGAACAGAAAGACCAAAUGAAAGCCGACCUCACGGCGCUCUUCCUUCCAAGGCAGCCGGCCAUGCCUCUCACUGAGGCAGAGCAGCUGAUGGAGGAGUGGAACGAGGACUUGGAUGGAAUGGAAGGUUUCGUACUGGAGGGCAAAAAGUUUGCACGUCUUCCCGAGGAGGAGUUUGGUCACUUUUACACUCAAGAUUGCUACGUUUUCCUCUGCAGAUAUUGGGUGCCCGUGGAAUACGAGGACGACGACGAGGAAAAGAAAGAGGGUGAAGACAAGGGAAAAGAGGAUGAGGAGGACAAGCAGCCGGAAGAAGACUUCCAGUGCGUUGUGUACUUCUGGCAAGGCCGACAAGCCUCCAACAUGGGUUGGCUCACCUUCACCUUCUCCCUGCAGAAGAAGUUUGAAAGCCUCUUCCCAGGAAAAUUAAAGGUGGUGCGUAUGACCCAGCAACAGGAGAACCUCAAGUUCUUAUCUCAUUUCAAGAGGAAGUUUAUCAUCCACAAAGGGAAGAGGAAACAGAAGAUCGACUCUGCUCAGCCUUCUCUUUACCACAUCCGCACCAACGGGAGUGCGCUUUGCACCAGAACCAUUCAGAUCGGAACGGACUCGAGCAAUCUCAACUCUGAGUUCUGCUUCAUUCUCAAAGUGCCUUUUGAGAGCACGGACAACCAGGGCAUCGUUUACACUUGGGUCGGUCGAGCCGCCGACCCGGACGAGGCCAAGCUGGCCGAGGACAUCAUGAACAGCAUGUUUGAUGACACUUACAGCAAGCAGGUCAUCAACGAGGGCGAGGAACCGGAAAACUUCUUCUGGGUCGGCAUCGGUGCUCAGAAGGAAUACGACGAGGAUGCGGAUUACAUGAAAUACGCCCGUCUCUUCAGGUGUUCCAACGAGAAAGGGUAUUUCUCGGUGUCGGAAAAGUGCUCCGACUUCUGCCAGGAUGACUUGGCCGACGACGACAUAAUGUUACUGGAUAACGGAAAAGAGGUAUACAUGUGGGUCGGUACUCAGACGAGCCAGGUGGAGAUAAAACUGAGUCUCAAAGCUUGUCAGGUGUACAUCCAGCACAUGCGCUCCAAAGAAACUCAGCAACCCAGAAAGCUGCGUCUGGUGCGCAAGGGAAAUGAGCCGCACUGUUUCACGCGUUGCUUCCACGCUUGGGGGGCUUUCAAAACUCCCCCAGCGUAGAGUCUCACUCGCAUCCAGCUGCCUCUGUUGUAAGGUGUCCCACAUGGAAGUGAAUCUGUGCCACCAGAGUUUUCAUUAAAAAAUAUUCAGAUGCAAAAAAAUUUGCGAAAACUCACUUGCAGCAUCCAGGUAACCAGGGAGAAGCAAUCAAUCCAUAUCUCAUUUUUAUACAACCAUUACAACAUGCUAAGACAUCAUACACACUGUCACAUGACCAGUGGAGAGAAUGUAACAUAGCUUGAUAGCCUGGACGUCCAAUGAAAUGAGACGGGGAUUGGUUACGUCUCCAUGUUACUUGGGUAUUGCAAGUGAAUUUUUUUAACUACUGAAUUUUGAUACAGUAAAAAAAAUCAAGUGAACUUUUUUUUCCGAGUCAAAAGUCUUUGAAAUUUUAAUUCUGGCGCUGCUGAUUUACUUCCAUUGUCCCAAACCGUUUCAGCUCAUCAAAACUGAGUUCCAAACUCACCCACCCGAAACUCAUAUGUCUAGCACACCCUAUUAGGGACAUUUAGGUAAUAACAAAGUUAACAAAAAGCCAUUUGCCACAAAAUUGUGCCUGCUUACAUUUGGCCUUGGAAGCUUUUUGAAUUUGGGGAAACCUGCUGAGAAUGUUUGGAUGAGACGCUCAUGCUGUACAUGCUUAGUGCCAUUUUGCACAGCUCAUCUGAAGCACAUUAUUUUUUCAUUGAUGAUUUUAAACAGACUGUCCUCGCUCUUCUGUGGAAUGUUUAAUCUUUUUACAUACUUGAUAUCACAUAUCGUACACUGAUCAACGGUGAUGCCCCUCUGGUUGCGUCGAUUAGCCAGCAUGCCACGCACCGCACGAGUCAUCAAUCCUUUUGAGUGAGCCGACUUGCGAUCGUUUACAACCUCGUCUCAUCACUCGGACUGAAGUUGCUUUCGUGGCACUUUGCAAGCAAAUUGCCACUGUGUAAGAUUUUACGGGUUUAAAAUCUUCAUGUCAGAUACUUUAAUGGGAGAUCAUAUCUUAUCACAUCUCUAUUUUUUGUUUUUCUCUCAACUAUUGACAUCACAUGGUUUUGUCUCUCCUUGGGGAUAACUUGUGCGAGUCCCAAGCGCGCAAAAAUGUGCACAUGCUCUUGAUGCCACCUGCAGAUGCUUUAUUUAUGUAUUUUAUAUUAUUAAGAAUAAAAUCUCACCACAAAUCUCUAUUCUCGUCACUUUAUUACAAG